CUAGAGCCUGCCACCUUCAACCGAUAUUAGUUGCGGGUCGAAGAACUCGUUCGGGCUCUUGGCUGGAACCCUGUGAUGGAGCAACAACGAUUUUCUUACUAUCCCGAGGCAGUUCGCAUGUUCUAUGCGAGUCUUCGUCGGGACAACAAUCCUCGUUCGGCCUUCUUUUCCUCAACCGUGUAUGGGUUCAGCCAUACCGUCACCGUGGAGCUGUUGUCUCAUGCCCUAAAUCUGUCCACAGAAGGAAGAGGGCUUAUGAGUGAGAACGACUUCUAUCUCUACCUGUUCAAUCUGAGAGAUGCUAUUGCUCAUAUCACCUCGGAUAAAUCAAAUGAUUCGGACUCCACUCUGCUCAUUCAUCUUCCUGACGAGUUAAAAGUGCUACACUUUUAUAUUACCCGUCUCUUCCUUCCUCGCACCGUCAACCAGUCCAUAGUUACCCCUCUCAAUCUAUGGAUACAGUCCAAUGCAGUGUCUAAUCGCAAGCUUAGCCUGCCUCAUCUCAUGUUCCACCACAUUAUCACUUAUAGUGAUACAAACAAUGCUGGGUAUCUUCCUUAUGGUCCCCAGAUUACUAGUUACCUUCGUUGUCUUGGUGUCGAUCUGGAUGACAAGGUCCAUCUUGUCAAUGUUCUGGACACUCUACGGGCUCAGCAUGUCUUGCGAAGGAUAGAUGCUUCAGUUGGUGUUCGCAUACCUCGCAUUGACCAAGGGGGAGUAGCAUCUGCUGCUCGAAAAUCAAAUCGCAAUGCUAAGGACCUGACAUUGCAGAACAGAACGAUGACUAUAUCAAAAGACAAGGGAAAAAGAAAGCUGGAAGCUUGGAUUAAGGGGGAGAAAUUAAAGUCACAAGGAAAAAGCAUCCACCCAAAAGUUUCCACUCAGAUCAACCCUCUUCCAAAAACAGCAUGGAAAAGCAUCAAGAUCAGGGAAAGGAUUGCGGAGAGUACACCUCGCGAGCUUGAAGAGGAACCUGAGGAAUCGGAGGAGGAACUUGAAGAAGCUAUGGGGGAUAAUUUCUCUGAAGGAGAUAUUUCGGACUAUGAGUCCGAUCCUGAAUAUGAUUUCUAAGCUUCAGCGUUUGAGUGUUGGAGAGGGCACGCUUUCUUUUUAAGUUUCUUUUGGGAAUGAUCUUUGCUCGGUCUGAACUUCAAAUAUUUUUUAAUUUGGCUUAAGUGGUUAUCGGCUGAUCAUUGUUUGAACUUAACUCUGAGUGUUUCUGAUGAUGUGUAUUUGUCUGUUCAUGUUUCUGUCGAGUAUACUUGUGUUUGAUUUUGCAGAAGGUGGUCAUUGCUAAGCUGAGGGGGAGAUUGUUGGGAGCAGCAUUGCAAUUGAAACCAGCAAAAUCCACAAGAUUUCCAACUGGAAAUCAGUCCCUGCUUCAAGGAAAUUGACAAUAAACAAUAGCUGGAAGA